AUCUCCGUCUCUGUUGCUUUUGCUUCUAUAUUCUUCUUACUCUACACUACAGUGUACUCAUCCUAGGUUGUUUUUUUCUCAUCCUUCUCUUUCUAAAACUUAGUGACAGACAUGGCAGAGGCAGAGGAACCCAAGAAGCAGGUACUAGAAUCCGAAAAACCCUCCGAUCUUCCUCCAGCUCCGGCCACGGCUACAACAUCAUCAGAAGAGAAGCCGGCGGUUGUGGAAGCUCCGAAAGAGGAGUACAAAGAGAAAUCAGAAGAGAAGGCGCCAAAGCCUGAAGAUGAGUCGAAAGCUCUUGCUAUUGCUGAGAAGCCUAGUGAACCAGCAGAAGAGAAAAGUAAGGAGGGUUCAGUGGAUCGAGAUACUGUGCUUGCAAAAGUUGCAACUGAGAAAAGAAUAUCACUUAUCAAUGCAUGGGAAGAAAGUGAAAAAUCAAAAGUAGAGAACAAAGCUCAUAAAAAGUUAUCUGUUGUUGGGUCAUGGGAGAACACCAAGAAGGCAGAUGUGGAGGCUGAGCUAAAAAAGAUUGAGGAAAAAUUGGAGAAGAAGAAGGCAGAGUAUGUGGAGCAGAUGAAAAACAAGAUAGCUUUGAUCCACAAGGCUGCAGAGGAAAAGAGGGCACUGAUUGAAGCUAAGCGUGCUGAAGAUCUUCUCAAGGCAGAGGAAACUGCCGCUAAAUACCGAGCCACCGGAAAAGCUCCUAAGAAGCUCCUUGGUUUUCUUUCAUGCUAAAGUGAACUAAAUUCAGGUCCACAAAUUGAUUGACAACAAGAACAAGAACAAAAUUUGAAUUAGUUGUUUGUAUAUUCUGUUCGAUUGGGGUACAUUUGUUUGUUAACUUAUAGAUGUGUUCAUUUCUUAUGUAAAAUGGGGAAUUUGUCAAUGUCACAUUUUAUUGUGUGAAUAGUGUGAUAAAUACUUGUGUCUGUAUAAUCUCAAGUUCUUAACUCUGCAGAAGUGAAUACAUAAAUUUUUAGCCAUUGAUGAGGCAUUUUAAGUGAA